CAAUUAAUUCAAUACUUGAUUCACUUGUCGCUCUCAGAACUGUUGUUGAACGUGAACGAACCGGCGUGUGAUGCACGUAAGUAGUUUUGUGCGUCGCCCCCGAGAUUCCUGACACAGGCGUUAUCUACUCGCAGAGGCCACGCUUUGUGUUGUUUUGUUUUCACUCGCACCCACGUGGUUUCUUACCCGCUUCAUCUCUUCAUGGCGUACCUUUCGGAUGGCUGAAUGGGAGCUUACAAACCACUUUAGGAGCGGUUCACAGUCCGUCUCGUUUUUGGCAGCUCAUGUAGACGCCCGGCACUUCAAGAAUGACUGAACAGAUUCGCGAGGCGCUCCUGAAGCUACACGCCUCAGAAAGAACUGACGAGGCGCUGACUUUGGUCGAAGACGUCGACCGUACUUGUCAAGACCAGGCCUUCUCUGAUAAGGACGAAGGUUACAUAACGACCCUGCUCGUCAGCGAUGAAAAGAGCCUAGUUGCCUACCUGAAAAAAUCCAUCGUGAGCGAACAGCUGAAGGAUGCCAAGGCAAAAGGUCUUCAGCUCCUCACUGGCUGGUUCGAAAAAGUCCCGUCACACCUCUUCAAUCACGCAGCGGUUGUUAAGGAUGUCAGCACCCAGCUGGCAUUCAGAGACAAGGCAGCCAAGGUGCGCUGCGCCGCUCUGGUCCUGCUGUCCAAGGUCUUGGAAUCUUGUCAGGGCUUGGACAUCGGUGAAAAGCUGGACAUUCCAGGCCUGUUGGAUCGGUUUUUCAUCCUGCUGUCGCAGCCAUCAAAGAUGACUCCUACAGUGAAGGUUGAGGUGCUCUGCGUGCUGGGCGUCAUCGCCGAGCACCACCCAGCAGCGGCUAAUCCGCACAGUGACAAACUGCUGUCUCUGUACCUUGGAGAGUUGAAGAUGCUCAGAAAAACUGGAGCUGGGAAAGAAAGAACGACCUUAGCAGGUUGCCUUCAAGGAUUGUCCGGUUACCUGCACAGCUUUGGCACUGGCUUUGAAUCAGAACCCGAUGACUACUUCUUGCUCUUCUCGUUCAUGAAGAAUGCGUUGGUGCCAAACCCUGCGACAACGCGUUACGACGUCCCCCGAGCUGCCUUGAUCCUGCUGUCCAAGCAUGCCGCCCUCUUUGGACAGCUGCUGUUGGACGAGUACAAGUCUCUGUACAAGCAGAUUUGCCACUGGAGUCACCACAGCAACAGGGAUAUGAAGUGGUUGGGAGUGGCAGCGCUGGAGUCAUUUUUGCGAGAGGUUGCAGCUGCACUUGCUGAAGGAAAGGACAGAAAGGAUCACUUGAAUAUAUUCGAAUAUUUCAUUCAGGAGUUCCAGAACACACUGCGAUCAGAGACAAACACCCACAACCUCGCCGCAGCCUUGAAGGGAUACGGUCUCCUAGCUCUGCCAUGCAAGCAGUACCUGAAAGAGAGCGAUGUCCUCUUCAUGCUGAGUGACGUUCUGUUGCGGUCUGAGCACGUGUUUCAGAGCAUAAGCAGCCCAGCUGUGCUUGAAGACAGCUUGCCCUUGCUUACCAGUUUCCAAGAGGCCACUGCCAGCAUUCUGCGUUGUGCUACAAAGGUACCGGAAAUCCAGCUGUUGUUGGUGGAGAAGUUGGCGGUGCUGCAGAUUGAAAACUUCCCACUCGUGGCUGAAAACAUGCGGGUCCACUACGCCAAGUCUCUCCUCUUCCUGUUGCUCGCUGUCCACCCGCUGUCGCCGACUUCCCUGUCACAGAUCGUUUACCAAGGUCUUGUGAGAACUUGCUCUCACCCCAUUGUGGCCGACGUGGAGGCGAGCGAAGAGGACGACGCCUUCACUGGCAAGUUUCGAACGAUCACCUAUCGUCGCUACAACAUGUUAUGGCACUACCUUCUGGAAGCAGUCAACGUUCAGGAGCUGAAUGUAAUGCAAGUCACGGCAGACGCACGGGGCACCUUUGUAUGCAACCUCUACGAUGCCCUGCUCAAUGCUAUUCUUUCCAUGGUGUCGAAGCUGAACUUAUCGGUUAAGCAAUCCAACACUGAAACUGAAACCGAAACCAACAUGUCAGAUCCUACAUGCGGAGUCGACGCAGAGUGCCCUAAGGACUUCAACAUCUUCAUCAACUUGGUUGACUUUUUCAGGGACAUGUUCCUGUGGAAGCGCACCGAACUAUUUACAAAGUGGGCCUUUGUCAUGAUUAAGAAGUUUGUGGAAUACUCGACACGCUGUCCUCUAGUCAGCGGGUUCUACAAGGCGCUGGCUGUCUGCUUUCAGAUCUGCGAAAAGUCAUCAUACUUUGAGAGUGGCUCAAGCGAAGCCAAGACGUGCCUCUGCCUAGUGUCCAGCUUUGUCCAGGAAACCAUGGGUCGGCUGCAACAGUUCAAAGACGAUCUUCUGGCCUCGUGUCUGGAGCUGGUGCUGCGUGCUCCAAGCCCAACUGCUCAGGAGCAGGCUAUUACACGUGUGCCUGCUCUUAAGAUGGCCCUGCAGCAGGGUCUCAGCUUCCUCCCACUGGCCAAAUCCACACUGGACACCCUUCAGCUAUGGGAAAGACGUCUCCCAGCAGACAUGGCAGACAACUGCCUCAGGAAGGUUCUGCCUGGGCUGUGCCCUUACCUCUCUCUCGGCACACGAUCAGGUUUAUUCACAGACCCAGCGGACGACAUAAAGCGCCCUAGACCUCGCGGUCCGCACAAGAUCCCUUUGAAGAUGCUGUACAAGAAGAAAAGGGAACAGGAAAAGCUCCAAGAAACUGAACUUGAGACUCUGCGGCGCAAGAUCCUCGACUUUCUGGGCAGCCUUGACGGCGAGCGGCGGGCAUUCCUUAUGGCCGAUUUGGAGAAGGAGACACUGGCAGCCGCCCUGACGUGGGACCCAGAGACUCGAGAACACCUGCUCUUUGCCAUGCCAUUCCCCGACGCCAAGAUUGACAUUGCUUUUGAUGGCUUCCUGCCUCGGGUGGUCGAGCUGGCACGUUUUGCUGGCAACCGCCAGACAAAGGUUGCAGCCUGCGAGCUCCUUCAUGCCCUGGUCCUAUACGCUGUAGGCACAGGUGUUCAGAAUACCGAGAGAAGGGCCAAGUGUCCGAUGGUUCACCUCUACAGGCACCUGUUUCCUGAGAUGCUUCACUUAUCCUGUGAUCCUGACCAGGUUGCACAGAAUUUGUUCAGGCCUCUGACAUUGCAGCUGAUGCACUGGUUUAGCAGCAAGUCGACUCGAGGGAGCCAAGAAAGUGCUGCCCUUGUUGAGUGCCUUUGGGACACGGUCACGCAGUCGCAGGAGACAACGGUGCGGGACUUUGCCGCCCGAUGCCUGAAGGAGUUUAUGGCAUGGAGCAUCAAGCAGUCAUCUCCAAAAGAGCUGGAGAAGAGCCCAAUCAACGUGCAGUCAGUGCUGAGGCGUCUGUGCAGCUACUGCCGCCAUCCCAGCGCGUCGAAGCGCCUGGGAGCAGCCCUUGUCUUCAGCAACAUCUACGUCCUGCUCAGGGAGGAGGAAUCUCUGGUGGAUCUGUUCAUCCUGGAGACCCUGGCUUACUUUGUCGACAGCUUGAAACUUGCUCACGCUGAUGAAAAAACUAUCGGCACAAGAGACCUUUGUUGCCGAGCGCUGGACAAGAUUCUGCGAAUUGUCAGUGCCAAAAGCAGCCUGCUCAGCAGUGCAAAGAGCAAACGACGGUGGCCGUUCGAUCUCGAAAGAAAGCCAGUCACGCUGUCCUUGGCCGUGGAGUGGCUGCUCUUUCAGACGAGCUGCCCACAGUCCGACUGCCGCCACAAGUGCAUGGAGUUAGUCUGGGCUCUCAUUCCAAGGCUUCCAGGAGCUCCAACCCUCAGCAGCUAUGUGGCACAACUGCUCAAGGCCAAUGGGGACUCAUUUUUUCUCGAAAGAUUUGAGGCGGGUCUAUCUGCAAUGAGCGGCACUUGGACCAAUUUGACAGGCAUCCGCAAGUUCUGUGACCACUUACUUGGCCUGCUCGAAUGCUACACUUGGAUCUUGGAGCAGCGGCUGCUGGAACCCAGGCUGUUGUUUGGAGUUUCUGGCAAGCCCAGCUCCAUCUUUCCUUUGGUCACCAAGUUCCUGGAGCAGCUGGCCUUGUGUGAAAACUUGCAUGAGGCUCUCAGCAGUGAAGAGGCUGCUUCCCUGCUGUGCAUGCCAACAGGAACGUCUGCACUUAAUGUGGCAAAAUGUUCCCUGACCGUGCGGCUCUUCAACUUCAUGACUGUCUGGAUGAAGACCGCCCCAUCUUCCAUGUCUUCUGUGCCUGAUGCAUUCUGGAAAACCGAAGCCUUCUGGAAGUGCUGUGUUGUCUGCGUUCUGCUGCCAUCAGAGGCUGGCUUUGACCUUGCCGACCUUGAAGUCGCAAACCAGCUUCCACACGAGAUGCUGGGAUUCUUGAAGCAAGCAGCGACCGCCUUUCCAGACCUCCUGUUAUCCAGUUUCUCCUCAGCGCUUGACGACUUUCUGGCAAAGCAUCCCGAGUGCACGAUUGAGAAAGUCCUGGAGCUGAAGCUGAGGGAGCUCAGCCAUCCCUCCGAGACCCUGGAUCUCUCGCAAGUUGACCUGGAGCCCAUGGACGAAGACACGGAGCCGUGGCAGAAUGACUUGUUGAGGCUCAUGGGACUCGUCUCCGGGUACCGGCUGUUGGCCGAGCUGAAGAUUGUAAAGGCGGGACCGGAAAAGGCGAUGGCCCCUGUCCGCGCGGUGGCAGAGUUUUUUGGGGAACGGGCAGUGUCGCCAACUCCCCUCUUCAAGGACCUUUGCCUGCAUCUCCUGGAGCUGGCCACUGCCCUAGGAGCCAGUGCAAGCAGCAUGCUUCAAAGCUUGGAACCCACGAGGGCUUGGAAUGUCAUGGGUGACCAGUUGUGUCGGCACUUUGUUGAGAACGCAGGAACAUUUGUGCCAGCAGCUCUCAAGUUCACCAGUAACAACACUGCUCUCCUGACUCAAGUUCUCAGCCACGUUCUCCAAGACAAGCAGCUGGUUUCACUGCACGGUUCGACAUUGUCUUCCGAAGUGAUGAAACACUGGACCUCGCUUGCUUGCUUCUUCACGGAAGACUCUCCUCAAACGGCCGUCAACUCUGCAGUCCUGGUUUUAGAAAAGCUUGUGCAUGUGAGUCCUGAGAUCGCAAUUCCAAAGAGCCCCCACUUUGAAACUCUGUUUGCAAUUCUUCUCAAGCUGUUGGAACGACCAGGAGCAGCUCUUGUUGACAAGGUCCUCGCACUGGGCUUGCUUCCGGCAUUUGCAGCCGAUACACGUCAAGAAACCUGCGACAGGCUCAGAGAUGCCCUGGAGAACAUGGUGCUGCAGCAUUUUCCCAUGGAGGUGUCCAAGUUGCUUCCCGGUGCACCUGAACUGCUGUCCUACACCCAGGCAAUGCGCAAGCUGCUGGCUGGCCUCGAGAGCACUGGGAGCACCGUGCUCCUCGAACUCCUGCUCCGCGUGCUUUACCGCGAGGACAAGAGCCAUUUCCUCGAGCCUGAAGUGCUGCUUUGCCUGCGUCGCACCAUGCCGAGGUGUUCCGAGGCAAAGCAACAGCAGCUCCUCACCACAGCCUACAAAUGCGCCGCUACUCUGCGCGGCCUCCCAACAUCAGCGAGGCUCUCAAUCGCAUCCAAGCUCCUGCCUCAACUCCUCAGGCACAGCCCCAAGUCUUCAUUACGACAGUUCUUCGUUGACAAUGUUGCCGCCAUUGUGGACACCGUCGCAUCAAAAAUACGAUCGGGCUCCGAGUGGGAGUUGGCCAGCAAGGUCGUGGCACUGUCCUGUCUCGAAGUCCUCUACUCUUGCUCACACAAGGACGACGUCUCUGGAAAGCAGUCGGCCAUCAACAAUGCCUUCUGUCAUGCCAGGGGAGUCACCACCGCCGUUGGGAACGAGCUCACCAAGGAAGUCACCAACUCUUCUUUUGCACACGAACAUGCUCAAAAAGAAAGGGGCGAGCUCGGAAGCAGCGAAGCACAUGUGAGCCUGUGGCGCCACCUGCGGUGCGCAGCAUACAACGUGAUCGCUGCCGUGGUCUCGUGCACGCAGGUGGAAGCACAGUUUUACGACGUCUUUCUCUUCCAAGAGAAGCCCGAAAAGGGUGAAUUCAUUUGGAACAACAUCACUGAUGAGCAGAAGAGAUACACAUUCCCACUGGAACUGGAGGCUCCGUUCCGAAGAAAUCGUCAAGUUGUAGGUGUGACGGAAGAGACGCUGGAGGAUGGCGGCAUGCGUCAAUCCUCUGGGAGGCGCAGUCUUUCAUCAUCUCUUCAAGGGAGCAGCCUCGCCAAAGAAGCAAGCCAGUACAGCCUCUCGGCAAGCGGACUGGCAUUCUGGGAUGUGAACGAGCAAAGCAAGUCCACAGAUUCCGGAGCUGAAAAAGCACCUGAAGAUAAUGUCCCAAAGUUCCGCAAGCUGAAAGUCGUUGACCUCGAGGAUGAUGAACUCAACCAGCACGAGUGCAUGGCAACGGUGUGCUCUGUCAUAGAGCACAUGGCCAGCAUUGGAAUCAUCUGCAAGACAGUUGAAGAAGCGAAAGCCAAUCCAGUGCCUAAGUGGCUGAGCACCAUCACAGGGGCAGUCAUCGGGACGCACACCACGUCAAAUGCACUUCGUUUCCUUUGUCGCGUCAUUGUCAAUUGCGCUGAGGUUCUCAAAGUGUACGCACACCACCUCUUGCCAGUUAUGCUUAAUGUUAUGGCACAAGAGAAACUUGGAUCUGAGCUGGACGCAUUCGUUAUUGACCUCGUCGUGACUGCUCUGACUUGGACUGCGGAUCUCGAUGCCAAAGACCUCAAGGGUUUGGGGGUUGGCCAACAAGCACAGUCGGUGCUGGAAUUCCUGGUUACCCACUGCGGACACCAGAGGCGUGACAUUCUUCGCACUCAGCUGGAACUGGUGCAAGCGUGGGUUGGAACCUGGAAGGAGCACCUGCGUUUUCCCGCAGACACCAUUCUGCAGCUGUUGGAUGAGAUUUCACUGGACAGCAAGGACGUGAAAGGUGUACUCCUGUUUGGAAUAUUCGUCACCAACGACCUCGUUGAGUUUGAAAUCCAGGACUACACCCUGGGCAGAAUUUUGGACCGUUUGCCAAGACUCCUGGCUAGCAAGCAUCGACUGUCGUACACGUCCGUAGCAGACGUCGUAGGGCUGACCUUUCGCAAGAUGAACGAAGGCAUCGGCGUCGAUUCGACAUUUGGCAGCUCGGUCGAGUCGAACCUGAAUGCCAUUUUGAGAAUGUCCCAGCGUGACCAGUAUGUGCUGUGCUUGCACCACAUCUGUCGUUUCUACGAGCCAUUUGCACAGAGGUUUACCGAAACAAUGAUGCUACAGCUGCCGCGAGCUCUGGCCAGCUUCAAGGUUGCCAUCAUGGAGGUCAUCUCCAUGGCCUGCACCCAGGUGGACCAACCUGUCCGGAAAUUGGAGGGACUCGGUUUCAUAGACAUGCUCGCUCAUGGUGAUGAAGCACUGCAGAAAGUGUCGCUCGAGAUCUGCGUCAAGCUUCCGACAGUCGCCACCGAAGACGACUGGCACGUGCUGCUCCCCGUUGUCUGCAAGCUGCAAAGUCACGCCAGCACCUCCUGCAGGAAGCUGGUGUACGACGUCUGCAUGCGCCUGUACACAAAGUACAGGUCCGAUAAGGAUGCUGCGAAUUUGAUGAAACAGGCAAGGCGUGUGCUGCUGCUGGGCCUAGGCGACGCAGAUUUGCCAUUAAGGCUGUCGGUAGCAAACUUUUGGUGCCAAGAAACGCAGCUGCCCCGUGCCACCACAGAGCGCCUCAUCGCCUUACUCGGUGACAUGUACUGCCCUGAAAUGGAAGAGCAGUUUCUGUCAUCGGCCACGUUUCUGCUGCUGGAGCUGACAUCGCGCAGUCCCGACUACGAUCGCAAGGUCUUCCAGCAUCCCCUGUCAGAUUGCACUUUCGUGGACUAUACAGUGACGGGGUCCUGGCGAAGGCGCCACGCAGCAAUGACGCCCCUGUUUGCAGAAACCCUGUCAUUUAGUCAGACGCAGUCGUCGACCUCGUCAACACAGUCUUCCACUGCAGAUGGCGCCACUUCACAAAAGCUGAGGGCCACGCAGGCGACACUGCAAUUCACGCCGACGCAGCAGGCAGGGGAGGCCAGCACUUAUAGUUGGCUUACGCAAAGUACGCACGAGCCCAGCCUACCUGCGCAGCAGAAGCAGCAGCGGUCCACAACAAUCUUACAGCUCUCUCCUGGCAGAGCGGACCCUAACGGCAAGCACGGGGCCACUGCUACUGAGCGAGUUGACAGCCUGCGGCUGCUAAAGAGGAGGUUCUUGCGAGACGACGAUCAGCUCCGUCUUCAGCACAUGCGCAGGGAAGUUCGCCUUAAGGAAACACGCAAGAAACUUAAAGAAGAACGGCAUGCUCAUCGUGAAGCGGAGGUGACUCUCUACCGAAGCUACCGCAUGGGUGACUUCCCAGACAUUCAGAUCUCGCACUCGGCCUUGAUAGCUCCCAUGCAAGCUUUGGCCCAGCAAGACCAGCAAGUUGCACAGAUGUUGCUCUCUGGGGUCGUCACAUCCGUGUUGCAUGAAUCGAGGCGAGAUGGGGCAUCGCUCUCCAAGCAGCGGGAGGAACUGUGCCAAGGACUGCAGAGGGCACUGGCUGGCAUCCUGGAAGGAAGCAUGCGGUGCUUCCCUCCACUUAUGGCUUUCGUGCAGGAAGUAGCAUUUCAGAGUGCAUUGGAUCUGAAGCUUCCAGUGGCUGCGGUCUCUAGAGCGUCUAUAGCCAGUGGCCACCAAAGCCUUGGAAUUCUUCUCUUGGAAGAAAUGAACCGUGCCAACAGCAUGUCAGCAUCGACCAAGGCACCACCGGCCAAACGAUCAAAGAAAGAGGAUCAUCCGGAACAGCAAAUGUGGAUGCAGCUAGCAGAGUGA